AUGGCACAAGACCCCCCUCCUUCGCGUGCUGUAUCACCGACCGGUGCGGGCGAAGAGCAGAUGGGUACCCCUCUCGACGCUAGCCUUCAGCGCGACAUCGAGAAGCUCUGCGAUGCUGUUACGGAGAAGUUCUCACGCGGUACCCUCUCAUUUGCUACUGCGACUCGGCAGAUCUGGGACGCUAUUCGCGGUGCCACCACCAAUAUUCAGGGUGUCACGGAGCUACAGCUAGGCGCCAUCCACGAGUCCUACAUCAACAUUCUCAACAACACGCGGGCGGUGAACGAGGGUUUCGACCGCAACGGCCAGCAUGCUUCUGGUGUUCAACCCCCGCGUCGCAAGAGGACGGCUACCGGAGGUGACGGACCCGGCGACCCUGAUGGCAGCUCCGAUGAGGAUGGCGACGGAGAACCUCGCGACCGCCGCCCGCCUGUCAAACGCACUCGCGGUCUCGACGAUGAUACGUCGGGUCCCCGCGGCAAGCGUGAUUUUGACCCGUCUCUCGUCCCGUUCGCUUCCGCGUUGACGGACGAGGGUUCCUUUCGCGGCGCGGGGUUCAUACAACCGAGUCCGUACGCCGCGGACAUCGCCGAUACUCUCAAACUCAAGUUCAACUACCUCGCCGACCUCACGCACUCGACCAAUCUCGUCUGCUGUGCACCGACCGUGCCCGAGUUCCCGCGUGCUCUCUGGCGCCUCGUCCUCAGCAACGACUAUAUUGACUUCGGCAAAAUCUUCACCGCAGCAUACGCGACAGACGUCGACCACCGCGAAACCGUGGGGAAAUACGGUGACCUCGAGCUCUCGCUCGACCGCAGCUCUGCCAAGUCCGCCCGCCACAUCGGUUCGCACGGCGAGUGGUCCAUUGCCUUCAAGGCCUGGCGUAAGGCCGUUGUUUUCGCGUACCCGCACCGGGGUGACGAACUCGACGCGUACGAGAUGCAUAUCACGGAACUCUUUGUCACGCUCCCCCACGCGGCCUCGUCCAUCCUCACUUACGACCGCGCAGUCCGCGUACAUGCCGCCAGCCGUAACGACAUCUACUUGGGCGACGAAGGCCAGUUCCGGCAACUCCACCUGCGGUACAUCGUCAAUCGCGCUGGAGGAGGAGGAGGCCCGUCUGCGCCAGGUCCUUCUCGCAAGAAUGGACAGGGCAGCCUCGAAUCCCGCCUCACCGGUGCGAGCAAUGGCGGCGGCAACUCGGGGCAGACCCCUAUCUGCCGUCGGUGGAAUAACGGACAGUCACGCACGCCCUCCUCGAGUGCCCCAACAAGAAGCAGCACUGAAUGGGAGUCAGAGCUGCAGACGCGCAGCCUGCCAGGUCCGCCGGCUGGACCGAGGCUGAACCGCGGUUUCUUGUGGGAGGAGGAUAAGAGCUUGUUUUCGUUUGUCACGCCGUCUGCGUCCGCGACGGAGAUGGCGGACCCCGUGCCUGCGCCGCCUGAGGCGGCGCUACACGAUUCUGUUGCCGCUGCGACCCUAGCGUCCCGUCCGGACUUAUUUAGUAUUGUCACGCCUGUCAAUAUCAUUGCUUUCGAAGCACAUUUAUCCACGCACCCAAACCGCGCCUAUGUCGCGUCGGUCGUCCGCGGACUGCGCGAAGGUUUCUGGCCGUACAUCGCUGCCGACCUCGAGCCCCCGGUGAUACGUGAUUUCCCUGAGCGCUCUCUCACGCCCGAACACCUUGCUUUUGCCGUCAAACAGCGAGAUGUCGAGCGCUCUCUCGAUCGUUUCUCUGCUCCCUUCAAGGAACUACUACCCGGCAUGAUCAAUGUACCCGUCCACGUCGUCCCAAAGCAAUCGGGCAAACUACGCCUCGUUGUCGACCACUCAGCCGGCGACGACUCACCGAACUCGUUCAUACCAAAGCAUGAUGUGCACGUCAAGCUCGAUACGGUCCGAGACCUCAUGCACAACCUCCUCGUACACCGGCGACGCAGUGGCAACAAGCCUGUAUGGAUCUUCAAGUCUGAUGUGUCUCAGGCUUACCGCCGCAUGCCUAUCCACCCAUUGGCCCAACUCCGCCAGAUUGUUACCAUCGACGGCGAACGGUCAGUUGACCGCUGCAACAACUUCGGUGGCCGCGGAUCCGGAACGGUUUUCUGCUCGUUCAUGGCCCUUGUCGUCUGGAUCGCCGUCAACGUAUACAAGAUCGAAGGGUUGCUCGCGUAUAUCGACGACUGCUUCGGUUUCGACGACUCUGAGGAGCUGGAAUACUACGAACCCUAUGAUACUCGGUAUCCCCCAAAACAGGUAGCACUCUUGCGCUUGUGGGACGCACUCGGCAUCCCGCACGAAAAGGAGAAACAAGAGUACGGCCGCUCGCAAGUGGUCACUGGCCUCGAGGUUGACUCGGCCCGUCUCACCGUCAAGUUGCCGGACGACAAGCGCAUCGCUCUCGUCCAAGCCGUCCGCGCCUUCAUCUCCGAGGCACCGCGGCGCCAACGCCGUCUGGUAGAGUGGGAACGCAUAAUCGGAUGGAUGAACUGGGCCGUCACGGUCGCACCGUUACUUCGACCCGCACUCACGCCCGGCUACGACAAGAUUGGCGGCAAGCACCAGCGAAACGCGCGUAUCUACCUCAAUGCCGAGGUAAAGCGCGAUUUUGCCUGGUUCGCAGACGUCUUCGAGUCCUGGGAUGGCCUACAUGCUGCGGAGGCCCGGAUCUGGACACCAGAUCAAGCCGACCUCUCCAUUUUUUGCGACGCCUGCAUGUCCGGUCUAGGGUUCUGGACCCCCAACGUCAACCGCGGUUUCGCUGGUGGUCUCCCGGAGCUCCCGCCCGGAGUCUCGGGUCCCGACACGAUCUAUUGGUAUGAGGCUAUAUGUGUCCUCCGCGCCUUGGCUUGGGCCGUCUCCCUCCCCAACCCGCCACGCCGCCUCGCCAUUUUCACCGACAACCUCAACACCGUCCAAGUGUUCAACUCCCUCAAAGCCCACGGCGAAUAUAACAGCAUCUUGCUACUCGCCGCCCGCCUCCGUAUCGAGUCGCGCGUCGAUCUCCGCGUAUCGCACAUACCCGGAGUCGACAACAGCAUCGCCGACGCCCUGUCGCGCGGCCUCCUCAGCGACGCACAGCACCUAGCCCCCCGCCUCGUUAUCCACGCCCUGGAUAACCCGUCAUGGAUGAGCCUGGGAGCGGCGGCGUGCUAG